AUGACGGACGGUCAACAAUUUAAUACAACAAUCUAUUUGAGUGUUCGACAAGGUGUAUACAACGUACAGUUAUUAACAUUUCUACGUGGUGGAAAAAAUCAAGACCCCAAUCCGUCAAAUAAAGAUAGUCUAGCUUGGAUUCGAUGUAGAGGAUCGACUAGUUUGGAUUCAGUAACUAUCCCAUCCGUUUAUGAAAGUAAAUUUCAAGUACAACUCAAUAGUUGGUACACAUGCGACAUCAAAGUCAGUGAUAUAUUGGAUCAAACAAUGAACUACAGACGAAAACAUGUCGAUAUUGACUGUAAACAUAUGGGAAAAAUUAAAUUAAAUUUACAUACAUUUACAUUUGCUAAUGACAAUAGAACGAUCCUAGGUUUUAUUCGAUGGAUACCGAAAUUUAUUGCAAACACUCCUCACAAUCAAACUGUGAUAAAAGAAUUGGAUAAUUUUCGAACAGUCAAUCAACUUAAUCCGAUUCCAUUGACAACAAAGCGAUUAGAACAAUCGGUUCGAUCAAAAUCAACAACUCGCGCAAGCCCGACAGCAGUUGGAGAUGGUGAAAAUGAUGAAGUUGAUCCCAUAGUGAACUGGACAAGUUUGUCGGUAGGUGACGACGAAGCGGAUGAUAACGACGAUAACACACGUUCGACUGUGUCAGGUACCAAUACUGGCACUUGGAGCCUGGAUGACAUUCUCAACAACGAUUUUGAACAACAAAAUGAACGCGACGACGCACUUCUAACCACGACUGCAAGCUUCACAGAGCCACAAGUACCAACUCCAAGUGUCAACGAUUUUAUCAAUGAUCGUACAAAUCAGCCGCCAGAUCGGUCGGAGCAGAUAGCCAUUAAAAAUGCUUCCGAAGCUAAUAAUCAGACUGAACAGAUUGAGGCAGCGUUGAAGGCUAAAAAUGCAUUGGAAGUUGAAAUAGAACAAGUGACAGCAAAAUUAUUUACGCUACAAAUGCAAAUCGAUAAACAACGAACGAAUGCGAAUCAAUAUGAGACAGAAAGUCGAGAAACAUUGAACACCGCAUGCACUAUGCUAAAAAUUACACAACAACAAUUAAACGAAAAAGUUGAACGCGAAAAAUUGAUCAAUGAAGCAGUCAGACAAAUAUCUAGAGUCGAAUAUAUUCUUCCAAAAUCGAAUCAAUUAAUUCUAUUCAAACUCAAUUUAUUACUCGAAAACUUGAGAACAUUGAAUUUUCCUCAAAAAGAAUAUUUUAAAGAUAGUAUACCUAUUAUGGAGUUUCAUCAUCAAAACCAUUGUACAUUAAUACUCAAAGGUUUUCCGGUUCAUCAUCAACAAUUGAUCAUCAUCUUGAAACGAUUGAAAGAUCUAUUUGAUCGAGCACAAUCUGCUGAAGACUAUUAUAAACUGGAAAUAAACAAAAAUGUACAAUCAUUAAUCAGAAUAAUUAAACGAGUACGUCCAACGAAUUCGACUCACUGGAAACAUUAUACGGAUUCUCUAGGUAAAUUGAUCCAUCAAAAAUGUGAGGCAUAUAUCCACAAAUUCACGAACUAUAUAAAUGAUAAAUUAACAUCACUAUUGGACGAUUGUAUCAAAAAUUCUUCUCGACAAUACCAAAGAGAUUUAGCAAGUCUGACAAGUGACUAUAUGAGAGAUGAAAGAUUCGUAGACGAUGUUGAUUCAUUGAAGGCAGCAGCGCUAGAUGAAUUUAUUCGUGAUCAUAUUUUAUUACAACAAAAGUUGACAAAAAUCGUACCAACAAAAGAAUCUGCUUCGACGUUGUCUAAACAUAUUGAAAAGAUUAAAAAAAUACUGACAACAAAUUCCAGUUAUAAGGGAUGUAACUUAAAACAAUUUCAAAUGAUUGUACCCUUAUUGCAACGGAUAAUGAUCUAUUAUCAUUGCUUUCUACUACAGUUACCUCUCUUGAAUGCAUCAAUUAAUCUUCUGAACAGAAUAGAGAACAAUACAGUUUUGACAAUUGAAACAUCGACAGGUUCAGGUAGAUCCACACUUCUGCCAGCCCUAUUAGUAGCGGAAGGUUAUGAUAAGAUUAUUGUUACACAACCUCGACGUCUACCAUGUAAUUUAAUAUCUCAACGUGUUAAUUCAAUGGUCAACGAUGACAUUAGUGAACGUCUGUUGAAUGAUGAAAAUUUGAUAACAAAAAACACAACAUUAAGCAAAUAUGUUAUAUUUUUUAUUGAUGAAGUACAUGAACGUUCGAUUAAUAUUGAUUUAUGUUUGGCUCUAUUUGCACGAUUAUUGAAAAUGAAACCUGAAUUGAAAACAAAAAUGAAAUUAAUUAUAUCAUCGGCUACAUUGGACGCAUCAGUUCCGACAUUGUAUAGACAAAUUUCGAAUUGUUCCUUGAGUGAAUUCAGUUUGAUUUCAUUGUCUACACUUCAUACAGUGGAUGUCAAUCGUGUACCAAACGAAAAUAUACUCGAUUUGGUACAGCAAUUGUAUAGUAAACGAUUUCGACAUGAUCAAAUACUUUGUUUUGUUGGUUCAACACAAGAGGUUCAUGAAAAUUGUCAAUUACUACAGAAGAUAACCAAAGGAGCCAUCGUAGCAUAUCCUCUUAUACAGUCACAAUCGGCCAUUGAUCAGCAGAAAUAUAUUGAACAAGGUACCGUCUUCUUUUCCACGACGGUCGCCGAAACUUCAUUGACAUUUCCAUGUUUAAAAUACGUUAUUGAUACUGGUGUAAUCAAUAUGCCAGUAUAUAGUUUGGAAUUAGAACGAACAGAAUUGAGAGAAACAAAAGCUGCUGAAUCAACCACGAAACAACGACUUGGCCGACUAGGUAGAACACAACCUGGAGAAUAUUAUGCCCUGUACGAUUAUAAGCCAGGUGAACAACGAAAAUAUCCCGUGCCGCAAAUAUGUCAAUCAGAAUUGAUGAAUAUCGAAUUUUCACUACGAAAAUCGCGCUUGAAAACUAGUUUGAAAGAAUUGAAAGAAUAUUUACCUGAUAAACCGGACGGGACCUACAUUGACGAUGCUAUAGCACAAUUACAACAAUUAGGCCUUGUCAGUUCUUCGUCAACUGUCUUAUCAGCAUUAAGAACAAAUCGUUGUGGUCGUGAUUUGAUUGCUUUAUCAUCUAUUUUGUCCGUUCUCAAUACAUCGGCCAUAUUGAAAUCCAUUACGGCUCAAUAUAAACGUCCGGAAGGCGAUUUUAUGACUUUGUUAAAAGUGAUGGAUACAAUUUUGUUCGUUCGAGAUUCAGUGCCUCCUGAGCAAUUUAAUGUUGAUCGCGUUUGUAAUGCAAAAGGACUAUCUGUAGUGGCACAUAUAAUUAAGCAAGCAUUACGUCGAUAUAAAAAUUUAGAAAGAGCAUUCAAUUUGGCAGUUGAAUUCCGAGAAGAUGCGCAAACUCAAUGUGGCAAUUGGGAAAAUAUAGCUAAAGCGUUACUCGAAGGUUUCUCUAAUAAAGUAUAUGUAUCCACAAAAAUACUUCAAGGUAAAACACAGCAAUUUAUGAAGUAUAGUGUGGAACGACGAGCGUCUAUUCAACCACAGCAGUCAGUGGAUGAAACGUCGCUAACAGCGUUUAUUGAUAGGUCUUCGACGUUAAGAACUGGUAAUAAGGGAUCUUUGCCGGCAUCUUUGAUUGUAGCUCGAGAUAUUCGCUAUUUAACUGCGGUACGUUCGUCAGCUAUUCUCUCUUUUGUUGGGCAACUCGAACCGUCAUGGACUGAAUAUACUUUUACUCGCGAAUUUAAAUUGAAUGCAGCUGAAGAACAGAAAUUAACAUCCGACAAUAUAAUACACAAAGCAAAUCAGCAAUUUUCCCAAGCACAAAUACACAUUACGAAUGGUAAAUUAGUAUUUCGUGGUACAUCCGGUCAUAUUCUAAAUGCUGAACUUUAUAUUCGUCAACAAUUGGUAACAGAGUUAGCAUUUACAUUAGCAUCCGAUCAAUCAAAUAAUCCGAAUGAUAAUCUGACUAGAAAUUUGAUGACUAUAACAAAAAUGCCAAUUGAUCUAUUUGGUCCAUUACGAUGGCGAUGGGAAGCUGAACGACAAGUCAAAGUUCGAACAAAAAUGAAUGCCAACAAAGGAACAAUUGAUGUUAAGACUGAAGGUCUUGAUUCACAAAAUCAAGUAGUACGCAAAGAAUUUAUGUCGUUCUUAAGUUGGCUCAAGAGUUGUGCAGUGAUUCGAGAUCCACAUUCAGGAGUUUCGCCUCGUGUUUUGAAACCACAAAUACGUGAUAAAUUUCUUGACAUGGAAGCAAAAAUUAAAAAUAUAACUGAUCCGGAUCGUACAUCCGCUGAUAGAUGGAAAAGUCUCAAAGGUCCGACAGCUACACGUGAAACUCGUAUGGAAGUUGUUGCUUGGAUAUCUGUAUGUGAAUUUUAUUGUCGAUUAGAAGGUGGUUUUGUUCGUGACUGGGUUGUUGGUAACUAUUCGUCGAGACCAGCGAAUCUAUCACCAAAAGAAUGGAUUGAAAUUCAACAACCAGGUGGUAUGCCGAUCUUACAUAAAGAACUCAUCCCGUCGGAUCUUGAUUGUCAUUUACCAGCACUGAAACAAUUUGACGUUGAAGCUUUUCUAGAUAGGCUUCAUGGAUAUGAUAUUACAGCGAAAGUCUUUCGCCAAGACUGGCGUUAUGUGUUGUUAAUAGAUGAAAAUUAUAAGACUGGUCCGUUUACGAUGGAUCUCAUCGAACCACACAUUGCUCUGACCCAUGAUCGUAUCGAUUUCGAUGUGAGUAAUUUAUCUUUGGAACGAGAUUUCACUAGAGAUUUGGGUAUGCGCGUUGAUAUCACAGGUGGUGAACAUGCAAUUCAGCUCGAAACUAUUGUUGAAAAUAUUCGUAAUAAACAUUUCCAAGUCUUGCGACCAAUCGAUGGUGAAAAUGGACCCAAUUCAUCUGGAACCGUUGCUGAACGUAUUGAGAAAAUGAAAGCCAGAGGAUGGACACAAAUCGGUAAACCAUUGGCUUUUAUUCCCAAUCCACCAUCAACUUACAAUGUUGUUCUCGUACCAUAUCCAUAUUCGACAACACUUUAUCAGAAUCUCGUGAUUGAAAUGAAAAAAAUAUCUGGAGCACAAGUCUUAUCGAUUUUGCAAAUAAAAAAUCCCGAUAUUGAAGCACUCUAUCAAUAUAUGAAACGAACAAUAUCAAAGGAAUGUCCGGGUAAUGACCCAAAUGAACGAGAAUUAUUCCAUGGAACUGGAGGUGAUGCAAUUGACGGAAUAAUUAAUAGAGGAUUCGAUGAUCGCUAUUAUUCUCAAUCUGGUGCAUGGGGACGUGGUGCUUAUUUUGCUGAUGAUCCUCGAAAAUCGAAUGGUUAUGCACCACCUGAUCCAACGACACGUCAUCGUGUUAUUUUCUACAACAAAGUUUUAUUGGGCAAGGAAUCGGUGCAGAGUACGAGAGACGAUAAGCUAGGUUCAGCACCGCUCGAUCACCAUUCUGUGCAUGGUAUUGGCGGUUGGACAGGAUUUCAGUAUCAUGAAUACAUUAUCUAUCGAUAUGGUCAAGCGUUACCAUAUUUAAAAAUUACCUACACAGCACCUUGA